UACACACUCUCCCUCUCGAUGGCACAGAUGCACUUGGCAGUGGUGGCACUUACAUUGGUGUUGACUCUCACCACUUUGUGUGAAUCGCAUUCUUUUGAAGAAUGUUGUAUUUCCUAUUCAUCAAAACAUCUACCUUGUAAGUUAAUAAAAACAUAUGCAAUUCAACUUUCCAUCGAUGCCUGCCACAUUGAUGCCAUCAUUUUUCACACAGUCAGAGGAAGGAAAAUCUGUGCCAAUCCAAAUGAGAUAUGGGUUAAGGAACGAAUGCUCUGUGUUGACAACAGAAAAUGACAUCUUUUAAAAAGAAAUGAUUAUU